AUGUCAGUUCUCUCAAAAUUGGGCACGGCGACGUCGGGAAUCCCGUUGAGCCAGACGGCGCCUUGUAUUGCCGGAUUGGCCGCGAUUUUGUCGAUAUGGAAGCUGUAUGGACCGGGAAUUGCGAAAAGCAAAAAGCGGGCUGUUGCGACGAAAAGCGGUAAAUCCGGCGCCGGCGAUAGAGCCCAUGUGAAUGGCGAAUUUUUCAAGAGACUUCGCGGGAUUUUGAGGAUUUUGAUUCCACGUCUGUUUUGUGGAGAGACGUUUUACAUGGUGCUGAUUGCGAUUUCGCUUCUCUGCCGUACUUACGCUGACGUAUGGAUGAUUAUGACGUCCACAAAGAUUGAGGCAGCAAUCAUCGAGCGAGACGUGGGUGAAUUCGUGCGUAGCGUCAUGUCGUACAUCCUGGCCAUGCCCGCGAUCUCUGUUGUCAACGCCCUGCUGAAAUUCUCGCUCUCGGAGCUGAAACUACGCUUUAGAAGCCGGCUGACAAAGGAGUUGUAUCAGAAAUAUCUCAAGGGCUUCACCUUCUACAAAAUGUCGAAUCUCGACAACCGAAUCGCCAAUGCCGAUCAAUUGUUGACACAAGAUGUCGACAAAUUCUGCGAGGGUCUCGUCGAGUUGUACAGCAAUUUGUCUAAGCCGGUAGUCGACGUUGCGCUGUACGUUGGAAAACUCGGAGGAGCGCUUGGUUGGCAAGCCCCAGCCAUGUUAGGAUGUUAUCUCCUGGCUUCGGGAGUUUUCCUCACAAAUCUCCGAAAACCGAUUGGCCGUCUAACAGUGGAAGAACAAGGGCUGGAGGGCGAAUUCCGUUUCGUGAAUUCUCGACUGAUCAUGAAUAGCGAGGAAAUAGCCUUCUACCAGGGGCAGAACAGGGAGAAGACCACCAUUCUCUCUUCUUUCGAUGCCCUCGUUGCCCAUUUGAGAAAAGUCAUUCUAUUCCGAUUUAAUAUCGGAUUUGUCGACAAUAUUGUCGCCAAAUAUUUUGCGACGGUUGUUGGAUGGUUUGCCGUGUCGCGCGCCUUUUUCGACCUGAAAGACGAGAGAAUGAUGGCAAAGAGCAAGAAUGAAUUGAUUCAGGACUACUACAACUCGGGUCGAAUGAUGUUCCGAUUGGCCGAGGCACUGGGAAGAUUGGCAUUGGCUGGCCGGGAAAUGACACGACUCGCCGGCUUCACCUUCAGAGUUGAUGGAUUGAUUCGGGUUCUCGAUGAUCUCGAUAAGGGUUCCUACCAACGUACAAUGGUAUCUGAUCAAUCGUCCACAUCGGGUGAAAAUCAAACCCUAAUCAAUUCAUCAGCAGCUGGCUCGGGCCAGUUGGUAACCGAAGACAAUGUCAUUCGAUUCGAGGCUGUACCCCUUGUCACUCCAAAUGGAGAUGUUCUCGUCAAAUCACUCGAUCUGGAGGUGCCCUCCGGGACGAAUGUGCUGGUUUGCGGGCCGAAUGGAUGCGGGAAAAGCUCUCUGUUCCGUGUUCUCGGCGAGUUGUGGCCUCUUUUCGGGGGAAGAUUGACGAAACCGGCAAAGGGGAAGCUCUUCUACGUUCCACAGAGACCCUAUAUGACGCUGGGAACGCUGAGGGAUCAGGUCAUCUACCCCGACAAACAUUUCGACAUGCUCAAGAAGGGAAUUCGGGACGAGGACCUCGAGGAAAUGCUGGAAAACGUGCAGCUGGGCCAUAUUUUGGCGCGGGAAGGAGGAUGGGAGACGACACAGGACUGGAUGGAUGUAUUGUCCGGAGGGGAGAAGCAGAGGAUUGCCAUGGCCCGCCUGUUCUACCACCGGCCCCAAUUCGCGAUUCUCGACGAGUGCACUUCGGCAGUGUCAGUAGAUGUGGAGGGGGAUAUGUACAGACUGUGUCGUGAGAAGAACAUCACUCUAUUCACCGUUUCACACCGCAAAUCACUAUGGGUUCACCACGAAUACUACUUGUAUAUGGAUGGACGCGGGAACUAUCAGUUCAAGAGGAUAGAAGAGGGCACCGAACAUUUUGGCUCG